GACGCAAUUAGCUUUCGUCCAAUGAUGUGCUUGUCCACUCACGUCAAAGCAUUGCGAGGUUACGAACAAUCCACAACGGCACAACCAUUUACUCUAUGAAGGCUCAAGCGGCCGGUUCGCUCGUCACCAUUUUCUUCCUCUUUCAUACAUUUUGUCAACUCAUGAGUUGACAUUGACGCACUGAUUGAGAGAUUUCCAAUUUCAACAAAAGGGGGAGAUGGACGGAGAGACAAUGGUCGAAGAUUCAGGAGUACAGCAGAUUAAAUCACCCAAAAGAUCAUUUCCCCAAAAACUACGAGUAAAACUUAAACGUUUAUUUCCCGUUAUUGUUUGGUUGCCGAAUUAUAAAUGGAAGGAACACACGUUCUUCGACAUGAUAGCCGGUGUAACGAUCGCGUGCGUGAGCGUACCGCAGAGCCUGGCCUUCGCCGUCCUUGCCAACGUUGAUCUCAUUUAUGGGCUGAACACAGCCUGUUUUUCGGCUUUGGUCUACACACUUUUAGGCACUGCGCCCAUAAGCGCUUUCGGCCCAGUGGCCAUCGGAUCCAUGCUCUCUGGCGAGGCCAUAUCCAAAUUCGACAAAGAAACGUCCAAUUUUUCAAAGGACGAGUUCGUGGCCGCGUUGACGAUCUCUAUAGGCAUAUUUUACUUAAUAAUGUACGUUUUACGCCUCGGAGUGCUGACUGUCGUGUUUAAAAAGCCGUUUGUAUCAGGGUAUAUCAUGGCAUGUGCACUUCACAUCCUCAUAAAAUCCCUCCGUCAACUCAUUGGGAUUAACGUUCAAACCUACUACGGGUAUUUCAACUUUUUUUACAACUCUAUAAGAAUAUUUUCGAAAGUGGGCGAAUCCCAUGUUCCGACCCUCAUCAUAUCAGCCGUCACCAUGACUGUGUUCCUUUUUAAUAUGAUCGUCUUGACGCCGUUCUUGAAAAAACGAUCUUCUAUCGUGAUCCCUAUAGAGACAAUCGUCAUGGUGACGGCGAUUGUGUUUUCCUAUUUUUUGAAAUUUAAAGAUAUGGGAGUGGCCAUUGUCGGGACCGUGCCCACCGGGUUGCCAAAAAUCGUUCCUCUUAACUUGAACGCUUAUGUUGAAGCGUUUCCGGAAGCUGUGCUUAUCGCGUUGAUAAACUACACGACCACCACCUCCAUGACUUUGCUUUUCAAUCCGCAAAUGGACCGGGAACAAGAAAUCCUGGCCAUGGCCGUUAGUAACAUCGUCUGCGGUAACUUUCAAUGCAUCACCAUCGGUAACUCCAUGAUGAGAACCAUGAUCGCAAUCAACCUCGGGAUAAGGACUCUUUUCGCAACAAUGUUCUCAUCAUUUUUACUGUUUAUCAUAAUUCUUUAUGCUGGCCCGCUGUUUGAGCCGUUGCCGCUUACGAUCCUCGGCUGCAUCAUCAUGACGGCCGUGAUCAAGCUGCUGUACGAGCGUAUAAAGGACAUCAUCAAGUUCAGCAGAUCAAAAGAGGACCUGUUCAUCUUCUUCGCAACGUUCCUGGCUACGUUGAUAAUCGACGUGACGGUGGGUCUCGUCGUCGGUGCCGUCCUUUCACUCCGGACGAUCCUCGAAGGUGUCGUCCAGAACGAGGAGAAUGAUCGGGAAGUAGAGGGACAUAUUCUCCUCCAAGCCAAACCGACAGUGUAGAUUUGUAAUUGUGUAUUUAAAAAAAAGCUGUGAUCAUUGUGAAGUUAGAUCUAGGAUAACACCUUGUUACUUAUUUUAAUGUUUUUUAUUUGCUUAUUUUAGUGAAAAAUGGCUGUUGUAAUAAGUGUGUUAUCUUACAAAUUCAUAGCCAAAAAUAUAUUCUAUGUUAAAAUUUUGUUAAAAAUUUUUUUAUCUACUGAAUGUAUUGUAUAUGCGACCGCAUUUACCAACUUAGGCUCUCUACUUAAAACCCAAUGUGUAUAUUUUUUAUGUUAAUGUAUCCAUUUGUGAAUCAAGUUACACAAAUAUAUUAAAUAUUUUUCCAGACA